AUGGUCUGUCCAGCUGCCCCCCUGCUGCUCCUGGCCACCUCUCUGCCCCUGCUGGGGUCCCUGGCUACCCAAGCGUCCCUACCUGGACAGAGUCAGGCUGGAGGGGAACCUGGCCAGCACCCGAACCAAGAGAGCAGAGCAGGGGAGUCAGUCCUGGUCUCUGUCUAUGUCCACCUGGACUUUUCCAAUGAGACCUGGCUACCAGCACUGUCCCAGACACUGGCUCUCCCUGUGGCUUCCUUUCCCCCAAUGGCUCUCACCAGCCUCAGCCUCACAACAGAGUGCGGCGUUCACCAUGAAGGGCACAUGUACUGUGCUUGCCUCUCCGGGUACCAGUGGAACGCCAGCAUCUGCUCCCGUCACCCUCCUUGCCAACGCCCCCACAGCCAGCAGCCUUGUGGCUGUCUCGUCUUUGUCCCACCCGAACACGGGCACUGCCAGCUGCUGCCGCCUGGGGCCCCUGUCUCCUGCCCCGCUGCAGUCCCCGGAAUCCUGCGCCUGGACUCCCAGCUGCCGAUGCCCGGCCACACGCUGACCCUGACGCUCCUCCUAAGCCAGGAGGUCACGGAGCUGAGCUGGUUCUUGAAGCGCCUGGGGAGACCCAAACCCAUCCUCUUGCAGCCAGGGACACAAGUGUCCUUGACCUCCAGCCAGGGCCAGGCCGUCCUCAGCAUCAUCAACGUGUCCCGGCACUGGGCGGGUGAGUACACAAGCUCCUUUGAGGCCCAGGGAUUCAGGUGGGAGCUGUACCAGGCCGUGAGGGUGCCUUUGCAGGCGACAGACGUGACUCGCCUCCCAGACCAGCUCUCCAUCUCCUGCGCCACCUCCCCUGACUUCCAGCUGAGCUGCUGCAUCCCCCGCACAAACUUGGUCUACACCGCAGCCUGGAGCCCUGGAGGAGGCAGUGAAGCCUCCUUGCUCAACGUGUCAGGCCUUCAGUGCCUCCUGCUGACCGUUCAGCGCUGCCCGGCAGCUGACACCACGUACACUUGUGACCUGCAGAGCCCAGGCCUGACUCCUCUCAGGGUCCCUGUCUCCGUCACCGUCAUCCGGGAUGGGGACACUACCUGCCCUGAGGACUCCUCAGCUGUUGCCUGGAACGUCACCAAGGCUGGCCACGUGGCACAGGCCCCAUGUCCCAUGAACAAGAGGGGAGUGGUGAAGAGGCCCUGUGGGCCUGACGGGGUGUGGGGGCCCAUCCACAGCAGCUGCACAGACCUGGGGCUCCUGGCCUUGUUCUCCAGAGCCAAGCUGCUGAGAGCAGGCCAGGGCAGGCCUGCCGAGGAGGUGCCGCAGAUCCUGGCCCAGCUGUCGAGGCAGGUGGUGGUGGCAGAAUCCCCCUCUGACUUGCUGGCACUGCUGGGCACCUUGAAAUUCCUGGCCGAGUUGGUGGCAGAAGCCAGAAUACAACUUGACCGCAGUGCCUUGGAGGAUCUCCUGACCACCACAGACCAGGUCCUAGCCAUGGACAGCAGAUCUCUGUGGACCCCGGCCCGGGCCCGGAAGCCCUCGGCGGGCUCAACUCUCCUCCUGGCUGUGGAGACCCUGGCACGCAGCCUGUGCCCCCAGGAUCAGCCAUUCUCCUCCAGCCUGCCCAAUGUGCUGCUGCAGACCCAGCUCCUGGGACCCACAUUUCCUGAUGACUACAGAGUUUCCUUCUCCACUCAGCCCCCAGUGCGGGCACAGAUCCCCAGGCGCUCGCUGGCCCCACUGGGCACCAACGUCAGUAUUACUAGCCUGGUGCUACAAAACUUGGACCAUCUUCUGCCCUCCAACUAUGGGCAAGGGCUGGGGGACUCCCUCUAUACCACUCCCGAUCUGCUCCUAGUCAUCUCCAUCAUGACAGGUGGCCAGACCUUCAACCAGGGACAGGUCAUCAUGGACUUUGGGGGCACAGAUGGUGCCCCUCGCUGUGUCUUCUGGGAUCACCAUCUCUUCCAGGGCAGGGGCGGGUGGUCCAAGAAAGGGUGCCAGGCCCAGCCAGCCAGUGCUAGCCCCUACACCACCCAGUGCACCUGCCAGCACCUCACUGCCUUCUCCACCCUCAUGUCCCGACAGGCACCCCCAAAGACACCUGCCCUGGGACUACUGAGUCAGGUGGGCCUGGGGGCGUCCAUCCUGGCACUGCUGGUGUGCCUGGGUGUGUACAGGCUAGUGUGGAGAGUCGUGGUGCGGAACAAGGUUGCCUACUUCCGCCACACCGCCCUGCUCAACGUGGUGCUCUGCCUGCUGGCCGCAGACAGCUGCUUCCUGGGAGCCCUGCUGCUUCCCCCGGUGCCCCGCAGCCCGCUCUGCCUGGCUACUGCCUUCCUCUGCCAUUUCCUCUACUUGGCCACCUUCUUCUGGAUGCUGGCCCAGGCCCUGGUGCUGGCCCACCAGCUGCUCUUCGUCUUCCACCAGCUGUCCAAGCACCGAGUGCUGCCCCUGAUGGUGGCCCUGGGCUACCUGUGCCCACUGGGGUUCGCAGGUGCCACCCUGGGCCUCUACCUGCCACGAGGCCAAUACCUGAAGGAGGGGGAAUGCUGGUUGGAUUGGAAGGGAGGAGCGCUCUACACCUUCGUGGGGCCAGUGCUGACCAUUGUGGGCAUGAACGGGCUGGUUCUAGCUAUGGCUGUGCUGAAGCUGCUGAGACCUUCACUGUCAGAGGGGCCCCCGGUGGAGAAGCGCCAAGCUCUCCUGGGGGUGAUCAAAGCCUUGCUCGUUCUCACACCCAUCUUUGGUCUCACCUGGGGGCUGGGCCUGGUCACUCUGUUCGAGGAAGUCUCCACAGCCCCUCAUUACGUCUUCACCGUUCUCAACAGCUCCCAGGGUGUCUUCAUCCUACUGUUCGGCUGCCUCAUGGAUAAGAAGGUACGAGAGGCUCUCCGCAAACGCUUCUGCCACCCUCAACCUCCCAACUCCACCGUCGGCCCGGCCACGAGUGACACCUACAUCCUGGAACACAGCAAGGAGGACGCGAAAACGCCAGGGGAGAACUGAGCUCUCUGGGACACUGCACAGCGUGGGUUACGAAGAAAAGACAACUUAAUCGAGAGGAACCUCUGCCCUGCCAAACAUUAAAGAUGAAUACCCAGAAUUUCACUUGUUUCUUUUCACAAUUUGGGAAAAUGUGAAUUGGUUCCUUUUUCUUAAGCCUUUAAAAAACACAAUAUACAAGUUCUAUAGACAUAUGCAUGUAUACAAAGACUGAUGUGAGCUUUUUUGUCAGAACAUAACAUUUUUACGUAGAGGCAAAAGUACCAGUGACUGUUAAAAAUGAAGAAAAGAUGAUAAACAUUGACAUUUACAAAUGGCAGGAUCAAGCGAAGACUAGAAAUAGAGAAGAUUUAAAAGAAAAGUUUCUUGAAGACACCAAGACGUCUGGCUGAAUUAACUAACGAAUUUCACAAGAUGAUGAAAGGAUACUAGAAUUUUUAAAAACUAAAAAAAAGAAAUCCAAUAAAUCAGCCUCUGUUAACAAUACAAUGCAUGGAUAGGAUUUUUUU